ACUCUUUGCAGAUUAGUUUGUGCCACAAUAAUUCUUGAACAUUAGGUUUAAAGAAAAUGCAUCUGUUUAAAUUUUCUGCUGUAUUGCUUACAGUAUGUUUGCUAUUAGCGAAUAAUGUUAAGCAAACUGUUUCAGACCCAGGAGAAAUAUUAAAAGAUAUUUUCAUUGGUGGAUUGCCAGUAUUGGCUUCAGUAGCGGGUGUUGCUGUAACAGGUCCUAUGGCCCCAAUUUUAGUUGGUUCAUUGUUGACCAUUUCACUGGCAGCCAAUUUGAUACGACAAAGUCAACAAGAAGAACCAGAAGAGCUUCUAUCCUCGAAGGAUUUCUUGGAGCAAAAUGCGAAAAUUUCUGAAUCACUUAAGGACGUAAAAAUUCAAAUGUCAGAAAUGGGCACACAAUUGACUGAUACCGUGGAGACACAUGAAUAUUUCGAAGACUUGCGCAACGCACUUGAUAAUCUCAGCGAAGCAGUUGCUGAUAAUUACGGUACGAUAAUGGAUCCGAAAGCCAAGGGAGUUUCAAAGGCAGCAAGUUUACACGCCAUGCUGGAUUACUUCAGUACGUUUAGACAAACUUUAAAGUCAUUCGUUACAAAAUUCAUCAAACCUAAAGGAUUGGUAUCAGCAACAGGCGAUGUAAACUUAUUUUACGAUUACAUAUUGAGAAGGGAUCGCCAGGCGAUCGAAAAAGGAGCUGAUUGCUAUUUUGAACCAACACAUACCAAACUUUUUAAAUCUUUCAUGUACAUUUUUAAGUCUCUCACUGAUGCAUACGUGAUGGUCAUAUCGGCCCACACAAUACAGUAUCAAAAUGAAAGGAAGGCCAACAAUGAAAAUGAUUCCUAUGAAACACAAAAACUUUCCUUGAAAAUACUUGACCAAUACAAAAGUGACAUGAAAGCAUUAAUGGAAAAAACCAAAUGGGCCUUGAAUCAAGCAUCUCGGGAUAUUCGAAGCUGUGGCAAGUUUGAAUUUUUGAAGAAAGGAGAAACAUUUGACAGUGUGUCAUUCGCUCAUAUACUUCCUAAAUUUAAGGACUGGAGCAAGAAGACUUAUAAAACAGGUUUCUUCGAAUCCGAGUUUCAAUGCUUUAACCGUGAACCAGAUGUUAAGAACAUUGAUUUUGAAAUUGUUAACUGUACACGCGCUGGUUUGAAAGUUCCUGGACUUGUGAAGGCUUUCGUUGAUCCGAAAAACACUGACUGGCCUUUCAUGUACUUGUUCAAUCGACCAAUAUACGGAGAUGAUCAAACAUUGGGACGAAGUGUAUCGACACCUGGACUAGUAAAGCGGGAAUAUUUCUCUAAUGAGGAUUGUGUCACAGAAUUCUGCACGGCUUACAGAAAGAACAUUGCCGGAGUUUCUACUAAAGUUGUUAGUGCUGAAGAAGGAAACGUAAUCACUGGAGCACGAUUUGUAGUUAAGGAAAAUAUUAUUCAUAUUGAAAUUCAAGAGGCACCAUUCGUAGAUGAAUUGAACGUGAACACAGAUUACCUCUAUUGGACAGAGCAACCAAAAUCAGAUGAAGUUUUAUAUUUCGAUUCCAAAGUUAAGAAUUUCGAGCUUGGUGAUGUCGAAUUGCCACCGAACCAAUAUUUAAAAACAAUUCAAUUUAAGCUGAAAAACAAAGAAGAAGGACUAAUUGGAUUAUAUAUUAACGGAAUAACGUCUGAACGAAUUGGACAGCAAUGGUAUCCAGGUGCAAAAUCGAGUGAAAUUCCACUAGCAGGAAGUGAAAGUCCUGAUAAAUUUUCUGAGGCUGAAACUCAAGUUUCCAAGCAACCAUUAGCGAAUAGGCCUUACCAUGUAAGGCUCCAACAUACCGACAUGAAAAAAGAAUUCGGUAUUUCUACUGUUCCAUUUUUGGACACAAGAAGCGUUUUUACUAGUCCAGCUGCACCUGUUGGAGGAGUUGGAAUGUAUCAUCAUUCUGUGAAGGGUUCCGGUGGAUAUCUUGCACUUAAACUAAGGGCACCUAAUAUGGCUCCAUUUGUCGAUUACAAUGUUAUUGACAAUUUUAUUAAUACAUUUGUAAAAGUUUAAUUUUAAUUUAUUUUAAUUUGUUUAUUAGAAGACUUGUAUUUUGUACAUACACCUCACUUAAGCUUACAAGAGCUACAUUUUUUUAUUUUAAAUACAAGGCUUUCAAAUAAAAACAAAUUAAAAACUGA